AUGGUGCCAGAUGUGCAGAGGAUCCUUGAGAUUAUUACCCAAGGAGACCAGGACACUGUCCGGGUCUUACUGGACAGCUACAACACCCAGUAUGCAGAGUGCUUCUUUUUCAACUCUGAGGUGCAGGAGAAAAAAAAGGAACAAGAAUUGGAAGAGUUCAGGAGGAACAAAGUGAGAGAGUAUGAUUCUGACUCUGAUUCUGACUUUGACUCAGAAGACGAUGAACCUGAUCUUCUUCUCCGAGAGCACCUGGCCACAGCCCUGCUGUGCUUCAUCAGUAGUCAGCUACAGCCAGCAGUGUUACGGGUUUGCCUGGAGACACUGCGUAUCCUGUCCCGUGACCGACGGGCUCUAGGGCCUAUGGUCACUGAUAGUGCCCUUAUCACUUUGGCACACCUGGGAGGCAUCAGCUUACUUCAGGCAUGCCCAAAACAGGAGGAGAGAGCUGAAGAUCAGACAGCCAGAACACACAGCCGGAUUCACACAAGAGCAGCAAGUGGCUCUGAGGAGGCUGCAGAUGUUGAUGCUACACCAUUAUCUGUGAGCUCUGUAGUUCCCCCUUCUUGUCCUGUGGUAGCCUGUGCUGCCAACAAUAAUGGCUUUGUUCAUCACUGUGAUAAGUGGACAGAUGAUCAUCAUGUGACGCUUGCCCAGAAGAACAUCCAGGAAAAGAACAGUGGUGAGGAAGAGAUGGAGGAGGAUGGGGAUGUGUGUAGGAAUGAAGCCAUUAAGGUCUUGUGUAAUGUCAUCUACAACAGCCCCAGGGCGCAGGAGGCGGCCAGCACACUAAGACUUCUGCAAGAUCUGUGGGAGAGUCUGAAGCAGGGGAUUGGGAGCAGGGAGCCAUCUAGUGGCCAGUUUUACAAGCUGAGACUACUUUUCUUACUGACAGCUCUGAGGCCUGAGCUCAGGCUGCAGCUACAACAGGAGCGAGGAGUUGCAGUACUAACCAAAGCCCUAGAGCAGUGCUUGGCUGUGAAGUGGGGUGAGGGGUAUGAGGUGCUCAGUGAUAGCACAGCUCCUUUCAUCUCUAAGAAGAUAUCCCAGGAGGUCAUUGAGAUCCUAAAGACACUCUUCAACAUUGCUCACAGGUUACACAGGCAGGAGCCAGAUGAGGAGGAAGCUGCUCUGUAUCGCAGACUAACUGCUGUUCUUCGUCACUGCCUGCUGCUGUCAUGUGAUGAAGAAGGCACCUUGGAGGAAAUCCAAGGACAUACAGUAAACAUCUUGUCUGCACUGCCGCUGACAUGUCUGGAUGUCUUGCUAUCUGUUCAUGUGGACAAGGCAUCACACAAAUGGGAAGGAGUCAACAUGGACUGUGUCCACACAUUGCUGCUGUUCAUGGACAGACGCCUGAACAGGACUCUAAAGCUAAAGGAGAAACUAAUCCCUGUACUAAAUCUGCUGACUGAGAGUUCUCGGGUACACAGGGAGACUCGUCACUUUUUACGGCAGAGGAUCUUACCUCCACUGAGGGACUUAAGCAUCCGUCCUGAGCAGGACACCACACUGAGAGGCCAGCUAGUCCGCCUGAUGACCCAUGUUGACACAGAUGUGAAGCACUGUGCUGCUGAGCUGCUGUUUGUGCUUUGCAAAGAGAACGUUAGCCGCUUUGUCAAAUAUACGGGUUACGGCAAUGCUGCUGGACUACUGGCAGCUCGGGGACUGCUGAAUGGAAGAAGGAAUUCAUGCGACAGCCAGUAUGCCUCCCAGUACUCCAGUGACUCGGACUCAGACACAGAGGAAUACCGGGAGGCUAAAGCCAGGAUUAACCUGGUGACUGGCCGAGUGGAAGCAGAGCAGCCUGAUCCAAUGGAGGGCUUGACUGAAGAAGAAAAGGAGAGGGAGGCCUGCCAACUACUCAGCAUGAUAAACAGACUAUCACAAGACCAGAUCAUUCAGCCAGUGGCAAUAACAGUAGACGGGAGAUUAGCUCCAUUCUGGAACCAAAUGAGGGGCUGCACACUGGAAGAGGAGGAAGAGGAAGAUGAAGAGGAGAUUGAGUAG